AUGUCUGAAAAUGCAAUGAGAAUAGAUCCGACGAUUUGUAUUCAAUAAAAUUAUAUAGUGAUUCAAAAAAUCAUCAGAGAAAAUACAUAUUUAACAGAAAUAGAUAAUAAGCUCGAAAACGAUGAAUUUCAUAAUCCACUAAAUGUAGAAGAAUCUUAAUCUUAAUUAGUGGAUUCAAUUUUUGGAAGUUGUAAUAUCAAAUCUCAAAAAGGUAUUAGAUAAAUAGAAAUGAAUAUAGCAAGUAAAAUGAUGAGUUCCUCUGGAAAUGCUAAGUAAAUUUCUAAUUUACAAUAUGGUUCUCUAUUUAGAAGUGGUGUUUCUAAUUAUACAGUUUCAGAUGAAGAUGAAAUUUAAAACAAUACAGAAGAGAAUAAAGAUUUCAAAUAAUCAAAUUCUUAGAUUUAGAUUGAUGAUGCAAAUAUUCUCAAACCUCCAGAAUUGAAAAGUUAUACAAAUAACAUAUGUUCUGAAGAUCUAAACUAAAAAUGUCGAAUUCUUGAAUUAAGUUUGGAAGCUGAAAGAAAUAAAAAUUAAGAAUUAAAUUGUAUUAUUUUAUCAUUAUUUCAGAAAUAAUUCUAUGUCAAAAUGAAAGGAUUUAAGAACUCACAGAAAUAGAAAAAGCUGCUUAUGAAUAAAUGGAUAGUAGACUUAAAGAAAUUUCAGAGUUGUAGGCUAGGAAUAUUUGUUUAGAAGCUUAAUUACAAGAAUUAAGAGAAAGUCAAGAAAAAGAAUAAAGUAAUUAUCUUUAAAUAUAAUUAAUUUAGAAAAAAGAUUAAAAGGAUUUAUGGAUUCUAAUAAUACAUCAUAAAUGAAUGCAAUGUUAUGUAAUUAUUUAAUUUCAUUUUUAGAAAUUAAAGAAAAACAAAUUUAAUUAUUACAAGGCUAAUUAAGUAGUCUUAGAGCAGCUACUUAAUAUAGAUCUUAAGGAAGUUAUCAUAGUGCUUAAAGUCAUGAUAAUAUUGAAGAAAACAAAGUUGUAAAUCAUAUAAUAAACAAUACCAAUCAUAAUUAGAUUAUCAUCUAAAAUGAAAUAUUUUCUAAAGAAAUGUCUUCCCUCCUCUAAAAACCAAAAACAUCAACUCCUAAAAAAUAAUAAAUUAUUAAUUAGGAUAUUUAAUCCACUUAAAGUUCAAAAAAAUGUCUUCAUCACAAUAAGUAAAAUUCCAAAGAUUCAAUAACUUAACCAACCUCAUGGCUAGAUCAUUUAUAAAAAAAAAAUAAUGACUAACUCAAAAAAUUAUAAAGCUAACUAUCAGAAAAAGAAUUAAACUAAACGAAUUUGAACACUUCUAUUAAUAAUAAUGUAAACAAAUAUAUGCAUGCCGAUCGUAUAUCAUAAAUUUAUAUUUAUUAGUCAAAAUAAUUAAGGUAAAUAGCCCUGCAUUUUAAAGAAAAACUAGUUACUAAUUAGCAUCUAAUAAUGAUGAUCAAGAACAACAAAAUUUUAUUAAAUUGCAUAAUUUAUAGAAAAAAUGA